UUUCAUCCCAUUUACUUCAAGCACUGAAGGAGCAAAGGAGUGCAAGCGCUCACAGCCAAGGACGAGUGGAGACACGUGCAGACACAGAGUGGGGACUGGAUUUAUUCAAAGCAAAGACUCCUGUGUCCUGUCCACAGAAGACUGGUCUGAGAGUCACUGGACAGGCUGAGGUGGAUGAGAUUGUAGGAUUCUUCCCUGUGAUCAGUUCUUCUUACUGAAAAGACAAAUCCCUGCAGUGAUCAGGAUGCGUUUGACCUCCUGCCUCCUCCUCGCCUCCCUGCUCUUCCUCCUGUUCUCAUGCAUUGAGAUGAAAAGGCCGGGGAAGGGAAGGGGCCUCAAAAGAGCGAGGCACAAAUUAACUCGGGACAGAUCUGCCAGGAUAAGAGGUGCGGGGCGUCACAGCAGAUCAGGCCCCUCCAGGCAAGUGUCUCCUUCCUGCUCAGAGUCCACAGAAUCUGGCGAGGUCUUCGCCGACUGUCAGGAGCGACAUCUCACCUCCGUCCCCGUCUCCCAAACCUGGUCCAAAGAGCCCAAGCAUCUCCUUUUGGCGCGCAACAGGAUCAAAAUCCUGCGCGAUGGGGCCUUCCUUGGAUACGAGAGUUUAGUCACUCUGGACCUGCAGCAGAACCAGAUCUCUGUCAUCCAGGAGGGGGCCUUCCAGGGCCUGUCACACAUUAAAACCCUGCUGCUUCAGCACAACAGCCUGGAAACACUCACAGAGGAGGCCCUCAUCCCCAUGCCCAACCUUCGCUACCUGCGUAUGUACGAUAAUCCGUGGAAUUGCCUCUGCUCCAUGGACAGUCUCAUUCGCACUGUUCAAGUCCCGAGCAACCGCAAUUUAGGAAACCACGCCAGGUGUGUGGCUCCAAUCAGGCUCAAAGGCACUAAGUUGAAGCAGGUGGACGUUGAGUUAAUCUGUAAGGAGUCCGACUCAGUGGGCGACCCGCAGGGCGACGGAACCGAGAACACAGUCCCCAUAGAUCCCAUUCCAUUUCGGGGCAAACCAGAUGUGACCACAUCUUGCCACACCUACCUUUUCCCCCAAGUACGACUGGACUGCAGCAAACGAGGUCUAACGGAGGUGCCCACGGGAAUUCCAGACGAUGUCGUCCACGUCGAUCUGUCCUAUAAUUCAAUCAGUCAUCUCAGAGCCAGAGAUUUCCAAAGUGCGAGAAGCCUCAGAUUCUUAAACCUCAGCAAUAACUACAUGGAGCGCAUUGACCCAGCGUCCCUGUCUGGGCUCCUGCAUCUCCGUGAGUUGGAUUUGUCUGAAAAUGGUCUUCAUUUUAUCCAGUACGGGGUUCUGGAGGACCUUUACUUCCUGUCACGGCUAAAACUGGAAGGAAACCCGUGGGUGUGUGACUACAGCAUUCACUACAUGGUGUACUGGCUGCGCCUGCACCCAGGAGUCAGGGACUCUGGCCUGGUGUGUCGCUCCCCUCUUCAACAUAUUGGUGAAACUGUGGAGCAUUACGUGCAUUCCUACAACAAAGGCUGUCCAAAGGACAGACAGCAAAGCAGAGCGGACGAAGACCAAACGGACCCUGAGCUUUGGAACACAGCGAUGGAGGUGCAGGGAGAGCUGGAGGAGGAGGAGCUAGAGCCGGGCCACUUGAGGGUGCCGAAGAAAUACGAGAUCAUCAGACUGUCCUGAAAUCUGACUUUUAAUCGUCUCAUUGUUUUCCUGUCAGUUAUUCCCUUUCAGUAUUAUUAAACAGUCUGUAUCAGAUGGAGAAACUACA